GGCUCCGCGCGCGGGGAGGGUCACGUCCAGCGCCGGCGGGCGGGGUGCGGGCACCGCAGUUAUUUCGGGACACGCAGCGGUUUGCAGCACGUCCAGCCACUCUCUUCCAGCGCUGUGUGCUCCUGGGCGCAGUUCAGGAGCAAAAAUGCCUGCUCUUCACAUCGAAGAUUUGCCCGAGAAGGAAAAACUGAAGCUGGAAGUCGAGCAACUUCGCAAAGAAGUGAAGUUGCAGAGGCAGCAGGUGUCUAAAUGUUCUGAAGAAAUAAAGAACUACAUCGAAGAACGUUCUGGAGAGGAUCCUCUGGUGAAAGGAAUUCCAGAGGACAAGAAUCCCUUUAAAGAAAAAGGCAGCUGCAUUAUUUCAUAAAUAACUCUGGGGAGAAAUGUCAUCCUCAGUGGAAGAACAAGUUUGUUUUAGUUUGUCCAAACAAAACCAAUCCGCCUUUUGAAGAAAGAAACAUUUAAAAGAGAUUUUCUUAAGCACUUAAUAUAGAUAGUGUUCAAUGUAAAAGCAAUGUGCUUCUCAUCUUUGCUCACAACACACCCUUUUUAAGACACCAGAGAAUAUCAAAUGUAUAAUUAUGGAAAUAAGUCCAUUACUUGUGCAUGACUCGUCUCUUUAUGUUGCUUGAUGCCUCAAAUAAAGUUUUCUCUCUGAAAAAUGAGUGCUGGCAAUUUAA